CAUAAAAACCAUCUAAUACGUUACACUUUCUAUCCCAUAAUUCUAAUAUUUGUUGCCUUUAUAGCUGCAGUGUGGGUGGAAGAAGCUAAACCAGAAAAGAGCAGAUCUAACUCUCUAUACCUGAGACACCACAGCUUGGGAAGCUUUUGGGAUGCCAUGGACAGAUUGCCAGUCUUAAGUGACUCCCACGCUGGACAGAUGUCUAGACUUGGCUGCAGGGACCUUUAUUUCUACCCAGAGAUCCCAAACCAAUUCACUGGCCCCGAAGAUUUGCCUCUGCUUCCUUUCACACCAGAGCAGCUGACUGCUGAGAAUUUCUACAGCGAUCCUUGUGCGUUCCCAUUUCAAGGUUCCUGUGGGAAUUUUGGCAGAUGCGAGUACUCUUGCGGCCCAGCAUUCAUCAGAAAAAGGAAUGAAAGGGAAAGGCAGAGAGUUAAGUGUGUCAAUGAAGGCUACGCCAAACUCAGACAUCACCUACCUGCCGAAUACCUAGAGAAACGACUCAGCAAAGUAGAAACACUCCGAGCUGCAAUUAAAUACAUCAGGUAUCUCCAAUCUGUGCUUUACAAUGAUUCAGAGGAGAAUAGCAGGGAAGCUCACCACCCACCCAAAGAUAGCUCUCAAAGCAAUCACGUUCCAAGGACUUCAUAGUCUGCUCGAGAGCAAAUAAAAUCUCUGGAAACGCCAAAGACAUCCUGCCUGUAAGGUUCAAAGAUGUUUGUAAGACUGAACUUGCUAUACAAUGGGGUAAUUUCAGGGCUUGUGACUGUGAUGACAUGAAUCUUGCUAAAAUGUGUGAAAGUUUCAAAUGAUUGAAAUGGCUGGGAUCAUUUUAACAGGUCGAUAUGAGAGAUCAGUAAUACGUGGUUAAUUUUGAUUACGGGGGGGGGCGCCAAUGUGUCAACUCAAGCUGAAUGCUUUAGGUUAUAUUUUAAUAAAAUGAUUCUGCUCCUUUCUGAGAACAGUAACCUCUCUCUCUUUGCUAAGAUUUAUUUCUAAAAAAUAAUAUAAGUUUCUCUAUAAAUUGAUAAAAUGUAUAAAGUUUCUGUAUAAAUUCUGUUUGUACAGAAUGUAUAAACUGGAAACCACUUGACUGUAACAGCAACAACAAAAAAUACAGUAUUGUAAAAACAUACUUACUUUGGAAAUGCUAAUAUUGAGUUAAUUUUAUCUGGAUAGUUUGUUUUUCAAAAUCUAAAUAAAGCCAUGUUCCAUGAUCAAACUAUAUCUUAGAACAUGUUUGUUAUAUUAUAUGGACACACAGUGAGAGAAACAUCACAACAUAAAUGAAGCAGAAGGAGUGUCCAUACCUCCUGUUACUCCCUCUAUUUCAAGAAUAUAAAGAAACUAACAAACUUACCUUAGGUUCUCU